AUGCCGCCCGCCAACUCGCCUGACCCCGAAGCGUCGUACCCACCCUCGGCCUCGUUCAUCUCGGCCCUCGCACCGCUGAACCGCGACGUGCCCAACCUCGCCGCCACGCUCGGCACCCACGUCGACGAAGACGGCGACGACAGCGACGACGGCUUCACGCGCGCCGACGACGUGCUCAGCUUCGCCGCCGCGCUGGGCUCCGUGGUGCACGACGGCGACACGGACGAGGCCCGCGCCAGCCUGCACUUCCUGCGCGCGGCCCACGACGAGGGCUACCAGCUGCCGCUGCACCGCUCGCACGACGGGCUGCGGCUGCUGAACCAGCAGGACCAGCGCGACCGCCUGCGCCGCUCCAUGGACCGCCUCAACCGCCUGAGCGACGCGUACGGCGACCGCGUCCCCAGCCAGAACUCGCUGUACGACUGGAGCCCCGCCCCCGACGACGACAUGGACGCCCUGCUCGCCGCCGACCAGCCGGGGCCCGACAUGUUGCGCAUGCUGGGGAGGGAGCACUGGGCCUCGGAGCGCCGCUCGCAGGGCGUCUCGCAGGCCCAGCGCCGCCAGCACAGGCUCUCUGCCCGCUCGCGCACCGAGGCGCUGCGGGGCACCCAUCACCCGGAGCAGCGCGACCGCUACACGUCCACGUCCUCGCUCGACCGCCACAUGGCCAUGCCGCCGACAUCCUCGCUCGACCGCGAACGCCGCGACAUGCUCUCCCGCGUUGACGCCUACCGCCGCGGCUACCACGACCGCUCGUCCCCCGCCGCCCCGUCCUCGCCCAUGCUCGAGCUGAGCGUCGAGUACCUCUCGCACAUCCGCAGUACAGACUCGCCCGACGAGAGCCUCGCCUUCGCCCGUGGCGCAGGCCUCUUGCGCAAAAACAGCCACCGCCCAGACUUCCUCACCCGCCCCGACGCCAUCCCCCCGCCCGCCCCGACCUCCUGGCUCGCACCGGGCGCCGUCCUGUCCGGCUGCCAGCACGCCACCGCCGCCCACCACCCCGACCGCUGGCCCGUCAAAGUCACCCUCCACACGGUCGACUGGCACACGAUGCAGCUGAGCGCCACCAUGGAAGCGUAUAACGUGCCUUCCCAUACCGCCACCCGCGCCUCGUCCUCCUCCAUCACCACGUUCCUGGAAGGUGAGAUCCUGGACUUCCGGAAAUACACACUCCUGACGGAGAGCUUCCAGUCUAGCGCCGCAAACGACGCCAUGUACUGGCGCAAGCUGCCCCCUCUGCGCGACCUGCGCGACGAGGAGGUGGGGCGGUGUCUGGGCAGCGAGCGCUGGUGGAGCAGCGUAGGCAGGGAGUGGAUCUUCAUGCGCUGGAAAGAGCGCUGCUUCGUGCGGCCCCUCAACUCGUCAUUCACGCCCCCGCCCACACAUCACGUCCCGACACGCACAUCAACAACAACAACACCACGCGACGCCAUACAUAGCUCGUGGCCCCCGCAGCAGCAAUCCCACACACACACCUUCCGCCCCCACCACGCCGACAGAGGAGGAGAUGAGUCACACGCGUCGUUUGACGACUCGGGCUGCGGGCUGACCAUCAGCGGCUUCUACUAUGUCUGUCUGCGCCGCAGCGACGGGCGCGUCGAGGGCCUGUAUUACGACCCUAUGAGUAGUCCGUACCAGUGUUUGGAGCUGGAGAGCGUGCGCGGGGGUGUUGUAGGCGCUUGGGGGUUCAGCUGA